GCCAGGUAGCUCAAGUGAAUUCCCCUUUUCAUAAGGACUGCUGCAAAAGCCUACUCCUCCACUUCAGGGCAAUGGCUCCUCGUCCAGGAGUCAGAGAUACCUCUUCUCCCACUCUUGAUGAUGCAGAUACGGCACCCAAAGACUCAGUCGUCCUGCCAGCAUAUUCUACAGAGGACAAGUAUGAGGAUGACCCCUGGAACCUCCCUGAACUGCAGGACAAUGGACUCAAGUGGUCAGAGUUGGAUACCAAAGGGAAGGUUAUGCGGGUUCUGACUGCGAUUGUCAAGUUCAUUCUGCUGGUUGGAUUUCUCUACAUGUUCGUUUGCUCUCUAGACGUCCUGAGUUCUGCUUUCCAGCUAGUUGGAGGUAAGGCAGCUGGGGAUAUCUUCCAGGACAAUGCGGUGCUGUCCAACCCUGUGGCCGGCCUGGUGAUUGGAGUGCUGGUCACAGUGUUAGUCCAGAGUUCUAGCACGUCCUCCUCUAUUGUGGUCAGCAUGGUGUCUUCUGGAUUGCUGGAGGUCCAGUCUGCAGUGCCAGUCAUUAUGGGAGCCAACAUUGGAACCUCAGUCACCAACACCAUUGUGGCCAUGAUGCAGGCAGGGGACAGAAAUGAGUUCCGCAGGGCGUUUGCUGGGGCGACCGUGCACGACUUCUUCAACUGGCUGUCUGUGCUGGUCCUGCUGCCUCUAGAGGCAGCUACUGGUGUCCUGUACAAACUCACCAAGAUCGUCAUCGACUCCUUCAACAUCCAGGGGGGAAACAACACCCCUGACCUGCUCAACGUCAUCACCGACCCUCUCACCGAUGCCAUCAUAGAGCUGGACAAAAAUGUAAUCAGUGACAUUGCCACCGGUGACCCAGCAGCCAGAAACAAGAGUUUGAUCAAAAUCUGGUGCAAAACAGAGAAAAGCACGACUCUUGUGAAUAUAACAGUUCCCUCAGCUGCCAAUUGCACGACCGGUGCCCUCUGUUGGGUGGAAGGCAACAAGACAUUUACCCAGAUAAAUGUCACUGAAACAAUCAAUCUAGAGAGAUGCAACCAUAUCUUUGUUUAUGCUAACCUGCCUGACCUGGCUGUGGGCCUCAUUCUGCUGGCCCUAUCCCUGCUCAUCCUCUGUACCUGCCUCAUCCUCAUUGUCAAGCUGCUCAACUCCAUGCUUAAGGGACAGGUGGCUGUGGUCAUCAAGAAGGUGCUCAACACAGACUUCCCUUUCCCCUUUGGCUGGGUCACUGGUUACAUUGCCAUCAUGGUCGGAGCAGGAAUGACCUUCAUUGUCCAGAGCAGCUCUGUCUUCACCUCUGCAAUCACGCCCCUUGUUGGUAUUGGUGUUAUUAGCCUUGAGAGAGCUUAUCCCCUGACAUUGGGCUCAAAUAUUGGCACAACCACCACUGCUAUUCUUGCUGCUAUGGCUGCUCCUGGAGAAACACUAGCCAACUCACUGCAGAUUGCACUGUGCCAUUUCUUCUUCAACAUAGCGGGGAUUCUGCUGUGGUACCCCAUCCCCUUCACUCGGAUCCCCAUCCGCUUGGCCAGAGCCCUGGGGAACCGCACAGCCAAGUACCGUUGGUUCGCAGCGAUCUACCUCCUGCUCUGCUUCUUCCUCAUGCCCCUGACCAUCCUGGGGCUCUCCCUGGCCGGCUGGCAGGCCCUGGUUGGGGUGGCCGUACCCAUCGUUGUCCUAGCCAUCUUCAUCAUCGUUGUUAACCUGAUGCAGGCACGUUGUCCUCAGUACCUGCCCAGCGCGCUACGUGACUGGGACUUCCUGCCCCGCCCCCUGCACUCCAUGGCCCCCUGGGACCGUGUGGUGAUGUCAGGCAUGGCCUUCUGCGGCGCUCGCUGCUGCUGCUGCUGCAAGCGCUGCCAGAGUACUGAGGAUGAAGAGAAGGGUUUGCAGGAGAGGAAGAAGAGUCUGGAGAUAUAUGAUAACCCAGUCCUAACCAGAGACGAUGAGCCGCAAGAGACCUCCAAGGAAACUAUGAAAGCUACACAGCUCUAACGCAGUUACCAUAUCUAUCUGUAAGACAUAUAUAACCUAUUUGUAACAUGUUUGUAAUUCUCCAAGUUUGCUUUGGCUUUAUGGAGUUAACCAGUCUCUGUUUCGGUGAUAUUGUAUCAUGUGGUGUAAGCCUGAACAGGGCAACUGCACAUCUUGUAGGAUAAUAUCACCAAAAAGUGAGUGUCCACUGUAUAUACACUGAGUAUACUAAACAAUAGGAACACCUUCCUAAUAUUGAGUUGCACCCCCCUGCUCUUUAUGACAUAGACUGACCAUGUGAAUCCAGGUGAAAGUUAUGAUCCCUUAUUGAUGUGACUUGUUAAAUCCACUACAAUCAGUGUAGAUGAAGGGGAGGAGACCGGUUAAAGAAGGAUUUUGAAGCCUUGAGACAAUUGAGACAGAUUGUGUAUGUGUGUCAUUCAGAGGGUGAAUAGGCAAGACAAAAUAUUCAAAUGCCUUUGAACGGGGUAUGCUAGUAGGUGCCAGGCACACUGGUUUGUGUCAAGAACUGCAACGCUGCUGUGUGUGUCACACUCAACAGUUUGCCGUGGGUAUCAAGAAUGGUCCACCACCCAAAGGACACCCAGCAAACUUGGCACAACUGUGGGAAGCGUUGGAGUCAACAUGGGCCAGCAUCCCUAUGGAACGCUUUCAACAACUUGUAGAGUCCAUGCCCUGACAAAUUGAGGUUGUUCCGAGGGCAAAAGGGGUAGGGGGGAUGCAACUCAAUACCUGGUCAUUACGUUUAGCAGAUGCUCUUAUCCAUAGCAACUUACAAGAGCAAUUACGGUUAGGUACCUUACUCAAGUGCACAUCAAGUGCACAACAGAUUUUUCUAUUGUUGGCUCGGGGAUUCAAACCAGAGAACUUUUGGUGUCUGGCCCAACGCUCUUAAUCACUAGGCUACCUGUCGCCCUGUGAUUGAUAAUGCAUAAAUGUAAGCUAAAGGAUACAGUAAAUUGGUCACCCCUGGAGGGUUGUGCUCUAAUGCUGUAGCUAGUUUAUGGGAGGUUGUAUAAAUAUAUACAGUACCAGUCAAAUGUUUGGACACACCUACUCAAUCAAAGUUGUUUUUUUUUACUAUUUUCCACAUUGUAGAAUGAUAAUGAAGACAUCAAAACUAUGAAAUAACACUUAUAGAAUUACGUAGUAACCAAAAAAGUGUUAAAAACAAAUCAAAAUAUAGUUUAUAUUUGAGAUUUUUCUAAGUAGCCACCCUUUACCUUGACGACAGCUUUCCAUACUUCUCUCAACCAGCUUCAUGAGGUAGUCACCUGGAAUAAAUUUCAAUUAGCAGGUGUGCCUUGUUAAAAGUUAUUUUGGGGAAUUUAUUUCCUUCUUAAUGUGUUUGAGCCAAUCGGUUGUGUUGUGACAAGGUGGGGUGGUGUACAGAAGAUGGCACUAAUACUUUAAGACAUGAUUACUUUGAGACAUGAAGGUCAAUCAAUAAGGAACAUUUCAAGAACUUUUAACAUUUCUUCAAGUGCGGUUGCACAAACCAUCAAGCACUGUGAUGAAACUGGCUCUCGUGAGGACCGCCACAGGAAAGAAAGACCCAGAGUUACCUCUGCAGCAGAGGAUAAGUUCAUUAGAGUUACCAGCCUCGGAAAUUGCAGCCCAAAUAAAUGCUUCAUGGAGUUCAAGCAACAGACACAUAUCAACAUCAAUUGUUCAGAGGAGACUGCAUGAAUCAGGCCUUCAUGGUCGAAUUGCUGCAAAGAAACUACUACUAAAGGACACCAAUAAGAAGAAGAGACUUGCUUGGGUCAAAAAACACAAGCAAUGGACUUAGACCAGUAUACAUCUGUCCUUUGGUCUGAUGAGUCCAAAUGUUAGAUUGUUGGUUCUUUGUGAGAUGCAGAGUAAGUGAACGGAUGAUCUCCGCAUGUGAGGUUCCCACCGUGAAGCAUGAGGGAAGAGGUGUGAUGGUGUGGGGGUGCUUUGCUGGUGACACUGUCAGUGAUUUAUUUAGAAUUCAAGGCACACUUAACCAGCAUGGCUACCACAGCAUUCGGCAGCAAUACGCCAUCCCAUUUAGUUUGCGCUUAAUGGGACUAUCAUUUGUUUUUCAACAGGACAAUGACACAACACACCUCCAUGCUGUGUAAGGGCUAUUUGACCAAGAAGGAGAGUUACAGAGUGCUGCAUCAGAUGACCUGGCCUCCACAAUCACCUGACGUCAGCCCAAUUGAGAUGAUUUGGGAUGAGUUGGACCACAAAGUGAAAGAAAAGCAGCCAACAAGUGCUCAGCAUAUGUGGGAACUCCUUCAAGACCGUUGGAAAAGUAUUCCAGGUGAAGCUGGUUGAGAGAAUGCCAAGAGUGUGCAAAGCUGUCAUCAAGGCAAAGGGUGGCUACUUUGAAGAAGGUUACUUUUAAGACUUUUUUAGUUACUACAUGACUUUUUUAGUUACUAUAUGUGUUAUUUCAUAGUUUUGAUGUCUUCAUUAUUAUUCUACAAUGUAGAAAAUAGUCAUAAUAAAGAAAAACCACUGAAGGAUUAGGUGUGUCCAAACUUUUGACUGGUACUGUACUACUGAUAGUAAUAUGUGAAAUGUAUCUGAUGUGCUUUUGGACAGUAGCCACCUGGGCAGGACUUUGCCCUGCAUCCUUUGACCCAUAGAUAUUUCACCUGGGAGACCAGUCCUGACUAUGGUGCUCAAGCCAAGGUGCACUUCAUGAGUAACUCAUGGUGAUAGUACUUUAUAGUUAACUACUAAAUCAAUUGGUACAAAUGGCAGCAGAUCAGAAAACCAAAUACAAGGUUAUCAUUGUUAUGUUUUCUCAAAUAGGCCAUUUGCACGUUACCAAUUCAAUCUAUAAUUUCAGACUGUAUGUGUUUAUCGCUAAAACCAGGUCAGGUGGGGUUUUGCCUUCUAGUUUGGGGUAGAUAUUAAUCCAUAAUAAUCCAUACUGGUCUCAUAGACCAAAGAAUGUAUACAUACCAUACGAAACAUAACAUAUCAUACUAAAUGGAGUGUCUCGGAUUUACUUACAGAAUGAUAUAAAAUGCUCUGAGAGCACAUUGCAGAAUUGGAAAAUUGUUAUAAUGGGUAGCUGAUACUGUAUCUAAUGAGUUGAUAACAGAGACUUUGGGCUUUAUUCGAUCACUUAAGCGUUACAAAUUGUGUGAUAGAAAUGUAAAGGUCAUUUCCCAUUGAGGAUAUAUGCAGCGUUUACCGUGAAUGCAGUCUCCGCGAAUGCGGGAACAUUGCCUUUAAAUUUCAAUCACGCUGUACACUGAUAGGGACUGAAUAGAGCUCUUUGACACUUUUAUUUCUGAGAGUUCUGGCACUGGUGAUAACAUUGGAUAAAGAGUUAAAUACUCAGCUGUUUUAAUAAUAGCAAUAAUCUUGAAAUAAUUUUGCAAUCACAUUUAAUUUAACAAUUUUUUUAUGAAAGGACAGUUUACAGACUAUGGUUUAAUGAAUAGCUUAGACCACGCAUUAACUCAAUCUCUGGUUACAAUUGUUUGCCCGUGGGAAUAUUAAUAUUAAUAUUAUUACAAAGUGUAGGGUUGAGAGCAAUUCAAAAUGUCACAUUUAUUACUCUGGUCACAGUGCUUGUUGGCAAUGAAGUACCAAGAAUUCAACGUCAUAUCAAUCUUCAUUUUGGGGGGAGGGGAGAAAUACUAGAAAUUAUACCGCUGUUUAGUUCCUAUAAAUUACCCAACAUAGUACCAGCUCUAACAUCACCAUAACACGAUGUCCUUAUCUGAAAAUCAGAGAGCAACAGUGAGGUACUGUAUCUACAUGUUCAUCACAGUAUGGUGGGGCAUUAGUUUGUUUCACAGAACACAAUCAUAUCUGCCUCAUUGACACACAUACACUACAUGACCAAAGGUAUGUGGACACCUGCUAUUUGAUCAUCUCAUUCCAAAAUCAUGGGCAUUAAUAUGGAGUUUGUCACCCCUUUGCUGCUAUAACAGCCUCCACUUUUCUGGGAAGGCUUUCCACUAGAUGUUGGAACAUUGUUGCGUGGACUUGCUUCCAUUCAGCCACAAGAACAUUAGUGAAGUUGAUCACUGAUGUUGGGUGAUUAGACCUGGCUCGCAGUCGGUGUUCCAAUUCAAUUUAUCCCAAAGGUGUUCAAUAGGGUUGAGGUCAGGGAUCUGCGCAGACCAGUCAAGUUCUUACACACAGAUCUCGACAAACCAUUUCUGUAUGGACCUUGCUUAUGCACAGGGGCAUAGUCAUGCUGAAACAGGAAAGGGCCUUCCCCAAACUGUUGCCACAAAGUUGGAAGCACAGAAUCGUCUAGUAUGCCAUUGUAUGCUGUAGCUCUAAGAUUUCCCAUCAUUGGAACAAAGGGGCCUAGCGCGAACCAUGGAAAAAAGUUGCAGACCAACAUUCCUCCUCCACCAAACUUUACAGUUGACAUUAUGCAUUGUGGCAGGUAGCGUUCUCCUGGCAUCUGCAAACUCAGAUACGUGCGCCGGACUGCCAGAUGGUGAAGCGUGAUUCAUCACUCCAGAGAACACGUUUCCACUGCUCCAGAGUCCAAUGGAGGCGAGCUUUACACAACUCCAGCCAAAGCUUGGCAUUGCUAUACUUAGCCUUGUGUGUGGCUGCUUAGCCAUGGAAACCCAUUUCAUGAAGCUCCAGACGAAUAGUUAUUGUGCUGAUGUUGCUUCCAGAGGCAAUUUGCAUCCGAGGACAGACAAUUUUUACGCACUACGCUCUACAGCACUCGGCGGUUCCGUUCUGUGAGCUAGUGUGACCUACCAUCUUCUCGGCUAAGCCUCCUAGACGUUUCCACUUCACAAUAACAGCACUUACAGUUGACCGAGGUAGCUCUAGCAGGGAAGAAAUUUGACAAACUGACUUGUUGGAAGGGUGGCAUCCUAUGAUGAUGCCACAUUGAAAGUCACAGAGCUCUUCAGUAACGCCAUUCUACUGCCAAUGUUUGUCUCUGGAUAUUGCAUAGCUGUGUGCUCGAUUUUCUACACCUAUCAGCAACCGGUGUGGCUGAAAUAGCCAAAUCCACUAAUUUGAAGGGGUGUCCACAUACUUUUGUAUAUAUAUUGUACACGGAGAACAGACAUUGAACUGUGAAAAACUUACAGUAAACCUUGGGCAUGGCUUUAGGAGUGCUACACAUACUCAUACUGUUGCUGACCCAUCAUAUUUACUCUGGAUAAUGUUAUGGAUAUGAUUGAUACUAACCCUUACUAAUAAAUCAAGCAAGAUUCUGGACCGCUGCUCAGACAAAAUCUCUAGUAAGUUAACAGUGCUGUAAAGUAACUAAGCAAAAAUACUUUGAAGUACUACUUAUGUAGAUUUUUGGGGUAUCUGCACUUUACUUGACUAUUUAUAUUUUUGACAACUUUUACUCCACUACAUUCCUAAAGAGAAUAUGUACUUUUUUACUCCCAUACAUUUUCCCUGACAGCCAAAAUAACUCGUUACAUUUUGAAUGCUCAGGCAGGACAGCAAUGUGGUCCAAUUCACGCACCUAUUAAUAUAACACAUUGUCAUCUCUACUGUCUCUGAUCUGGUGGACUCACUAAACAGAAAUACUGCAUUUGUAAAUUAAGUCUUGAGUGUUAGAGUGUGCCUCUGGUUGUCCAUAAAAUAAUAAUCUUUUAA